AUGCGCAUAGUUACAACGCACAUUGGUGUACUUUGCGCCCUGGGAGAUAACCUAUCACCCCGAGAGCUGAGAGAGUUACCACCACCCGGAGGAUCAUCAGCUUCAUAUACCACGAGUUCAAUCCAAGUAAUCAGAGGAAUGCAAAAGGACUCUCGAGAUUGUUUGGGUAUCCGAUACCGUAUCAAUACCCUGGACCAAACUUGGAAGUGGCUGCACCAGACCAUCGCCCUCCACGAGUACCUGAUCAGCAUAACAGCCAGCCAGAGUGACGUGUCUUUAAUCACAAAGGUGUUUUUAUAA